GGGGGAAUAAGUUCAGAGCGCUGCGUCCCCUGACGCACAGCAGCCCGGAGGAGCUCAGGGUAGAGUUUAGCUGUGUUCUCUUAUCUCACACAUCAGGGUAAGAGGGUGCAAGACUAUGGAGGUUAUCAGAGACAGACUUAGAUUUGUUUAUUAGGGGAAUAUUACUCGCAGAGGUUUAGGACAUCGCAGUUUUGGAAUAAUCUUUUUAACCGUUUUUAAUUUUGCAUCACCCACCGCUGAAAAUGUUUGCUUUUGGAGUUUGGAUUAACGCAGUUUGGAUUCUACAUUUGGCCGUUUUUGACGUGGCUAUUUCAAGCUAUUCCGAAGACCAGUGCAGCUGGAGAGGCAGUGGUUUAUCCCAGCAGCAGGGCAGUGUGGAGCAGAUCUCCCUCCACUGCUCUGAGGGCACGCUGGACUGGCUGUACCCCAAAGGGGCCCUGCGCCUCAGCCUCUCACCCCGCCUGCCCUCUGUGGCCGUGGGGCCUGGCGGCAGCAGCUCGGGCCUCAUCACGGCCUGCGUCAAGCCCUCGGAGCAGUUCCACGGCGCCCAGCUGUACCUGGAGAGGGAUGGGGUCCUGGAGCUCCUGGUAGGGGACCGCCUGGAGUCCUCUCCCCCGCCGAGGGUUCGCUGCUUCAGCCGCCUGCCCGGGGAGAGGGUGGCUCUCUUCCUGCAAGCUACGCCUCAUCAGGACAUCAGCAGGAGGAUCGCCUCCUUCCGCUAUGAGCUAAGAGGGGACUGGACCGCUCGCCUGUCUCUGGACUCCAACCCCAUCAGCAGUGAAGAUGCCUGCAGACCCUGCAACAACACUGAGAUUCUGAUGGCAGUUUGCACCAGUGACUUUGUCGUGCGUGGUAACAUCCGAUCAGUGGUGGAAGACGAGAACCUACAAGCAGCGGUGAUCAAGGUCAGCGCCACCCGGGUGUUUCGCCAGAAGUACGCGCUGUUCACUGGCAACAGUCGCCUGACCAGCCGGGGUGAGGUGAGGACUCUGCUGCAGUGUGGUGUCAAACCGGGCCCCGGCAGCUUUCUCUUCACCGGCCGGGUCCACUUUGGAGAGGCCUGGCUGGGCUGCGCUCCCCGAUACAAGGACUUCCAGCGGGCGUACAUGAUAGCCAAAGCAGCCCAGCAGAUCCCCUGCGAGCUGCCUGUAGACUGAGUUCAACACUCUGCACCAGCUUGUCUACCGCUCAAUAGUCAAGGCCGUACUGAGAGCCAGGCCAAACUCAGCCCUGUUCCAUGUUUCGGAAGAAGCCACAGUGUGUAGCCGCUGGCCUACGGAGCCGUGACGCCACCAACGGAUAUCCCAUCGUCUUCCCAAAGGACUGAGGAGUGAAAUGGGCUUCUCCCAACUCCAUUUCAGUGCAAUAUGCAGCCCCCGGGUCAGAAAGAACCAGGUGGAGCUGUGACAUGAGGGAAGUGCUUGAAAUGAAGAUUAUAAGCAUGUGGCAUUGGACAGUGUGUACACACAGUGAUGCCAUUAUGGAGGUUCAGAGGAAAUAUAUUGAAAAAGCUUUCCAUUCGGGAUAAAUUAAGUCAAGCCAUUAAUACAGGCCUAUUAAGAGUCAUUGCUUAAGAACUCAGGAAAAUUUAUUAAAAAGUUCUAUAGAAAGCUUAACACCUAUUAGUUGGUAUCCCAGCAAGGAUACACUUCAGGCACCUAUUGUUCAGAAAAUGUCUGGUCAUGGGAAAGAUAUAUUUUGCAGGCUGCCCCUGUACUGGGGAUAUCCUCAGUGUUACUAUUAUUAAGGAGAUUAUAUAAAAAAAGAAGUCCUCACAAAAUGAAAUGUUAAAGAAAUAAAUAUAUAUAUAUAUAUUUGCACUGAUAAAGGAAAGGGAAUGAUCUGGAAAGUGUGAUGCUGCAAGCACUGAAAACCAAAUAAAAAGCAACUAUAUGUAGCAUAGCGGAGUGAUCGAGAAUUUAAUAUAUGUACAGGUGAUGUGAGCACGUACAGUAGUAACACAGAGCUGAGGCUACCUGAGCAGGUUUCACAACUCAAACGAGUGCUGAGAGCACGUUCACAUUCCAGCCAACUCUGAGAUUUCGCUUCUGUGAGGAGAUGUUUUGUAAGACGUCACAUUUCUUUUCAGUCGCCAUGCAACAUUUCUGCAAAAUUAAAUCUAAUUGGACUGAAUUUGACUUUAAAGAGAAUUAUUUAAAACAUACGUUAGGGUGGAAUUGCAGCAAUGUCGCCAAAGCAGUUCUAGGCUCUGUUGUUGUCAGGUCGUUCACUGCUCUCUGCUGAUGCUGUCAUAUAUUAUUAUUAGGAUGUGGAGUAAAACAAGAUACUCACCUUAAAUACUCUGCAGUGUUCAGAAAGCUGAUGACAACAGCCAUUGAGAUCUGAAGUCCAGAUGGUAUAAAACCCUCUGACCAGCUUUUGGUGGGAUAACUGAUAACUGGGCUAGCUCAAGAGAAACACAAAAUAUGCAUUUAAUUGUAAAAUUCUGUUGUGUAUAAUGAUUUCAUAUCUGAUGUGCACUAUAUCAAAUAGGGGAGGGGUUCAUACCAAAUUACCGUGACGUGCUGAAGCGGUAUUUCUUAAAUGUGUACACUGCCAUUUUACUCUUUAUUUUGUAUGUGAAUUUAUGUCAAUAUCAAUGUGAAUGUAAAUAUGUUAAUAAGAAAUUCUAGAAACGACGGCAUGAAAAAGACGUCUGUGGAAAAAACAACAUUUUGUCAGUAUUGUGGAUUAUUUUCGUGUUUGUCUGUGUUAUUAAAAUGUGCUGUAAGAAAACA